AGGUCAAUUCCAACGAGUCAACUCUUUUGUAAAAUCAAAAUUUCCCUUUCUUCUUCUUUGAUCCAAAUUUCAUUUCAUUCUUUCAAUCACUUUCUCAACAAUGGCGGAAAACUACGCGCCCUUCGAUUCCGAAUCCAACGGCGUAUCUAACAACUCCGAUCACGGCUGGCAGAAGGUUACAUACGCUAAGAAGCAUAAGAAGAAAGAAGCUAACGGCGUCGCUGGUUCUGGUUCCAACAAACUUACCUUCAACGGAAACGACGCUGCUUUUCGUUCGCUUGAAUUACACUCGGAGGAUCGGCGUCGUCGCAUUCUGGAGGCACGGACUGCUGCUGAUGCGGAAUUUGAUGAUGCUCCGGUCAGAUCGAAGCAACGUGGACGUAAUUAUGACGAUGAUUACGAUGAGGAUGAUGAUGAUGUGGAUCGUACUGCGGAGAACGGGAAAACGGAGGAGGUUAAGAAGGUGAAGCAAAAGAAGCCGAAGAAACCUAAGGUGACUGUGGCGGAAGCUGCUGCGAAAAUUGAUGCGUCUGAUCUGGAGGCUUUUCUCGUUGAUAUAUCGACAUCGUUUGAGACGAAGGAGGAUAUUCAGAUGAUGCGGUUUGCGGAUUAUUUUGGACGUGCUUUUUCUUCUGUGACUGCUUCUCAAUUUCCUUGGGUGAAAUUGUUCAGGGAGUUGCCUGUGACUAGGACUGUUGAUGUGCCGUUUUCUCACAUAUCUGAUGCUGUAUACAAGACAUCAGCUGACUGGAUAAAUCAUCGAUCUCCUGAGGCACUCAGUUUCUUUCUGCUUUGGUCUUUGGAUAGCAUUCUUGCUGACUUGAGUAGCCAGCUUACCGUGGCCAAGGGUUCCAAAAAGGCUGUGCAACAAGUAACUUCAAAAUCUCAGGUUGCAAUAUUUGUUGGUUUAGCGAUGGUAUUGCGCCGAAAGCCUGAUGCUCUUAUUUCUGUAUUGCCCACAUUGAGGGAGAAUACAAAAUAUCAAGGACAAGAUAAACUUCCAGUGAUUACAUGGAUGGUUGCUCAGGCUUCAGUAGGAGAUCUCUCAGUAGGUUUGUAUGCUUGGUCGCGAAAUCUCCUACCUAUAGUGGUUGGCAAAAGUGGUAACCCGCAAACCAGGGAUUUGGUUUUGCAGCUUGUGGAAAAAAUCUUGUCUGCUCCUAAAGCACGGCCUGUUUUGGUUAAUGGUGCUGUAAGAAAAGGGGAACGGUUAAUUCCUCCUCCAGCAUUUGAAACUUUGAUCCGUGUUACUUUCCCAUCAUCUUCAACCAGAGUGAAGGCUACAGAAAGAUUUGAGUUCAUAUAUCCCGUUCUGAGAGAGGUGGCUCUUGGUGGCUCUCCUGGAAGUAAAGCAAUGAAACAAGUUUCACAGCAGAUAUUCAGUUUUGCUAUCAAAGCAGCAGGAGAAGGUAUGGAAGCCCAAUUUUAUUGUUUGAUUUCAGCUCUCUUUUCUUGCUUAGAUGAACCCAGUGUUUUAGAAGGUAUUCUCAUUAUGAAUCAUUUUUAUUUUUCAGACAAUCCUGCAUUAUCAAAAGAAGCAGCCAGUAUUGUGAUUUGGUGUUUUAGCCAAAGCAGUGAAUGCUAUAAGCAAUGGGAAAAAGUUUAUCAGGACAACAUUGUAGCAAGUGUUGCAGUUUUAAAGAAGCUUUCUGAUGAUUGGAAGGUGCAAGCUACAAAAUUGUCUCCUUAUGAGCCACUUAGGGAGGUCCUAAAGCAUUUUAGGCAAAAGAAUGAGAAGGCAUUGGCAACUGAGACUGAUGCUGCUCAUCAUGCACAAUACAAGGAUGCAGAUAAAUAUUGUAAGAUAAUCUCAGGAAGAGUUUCACAAGGCCAUGGGUGUGCAUGUUUGACCUUUACCGUUCUUGCUGUGGCUGUUGGUGCUGUUGUUCUGUACCCCAAUUUGGAAUCUCUGGAUUUUAAGAACAUCUCUGAACUUUUCAACUCCCAGUUCUGAGCACUCAGAAAAUAUUAUGCAUUACUGGCGAUUGGUUGCAUCAAAUAGCGAUUUUCUCUUCAGCACACAUCACCCACAAUGGGUACAGGAAACCAUUUGCCUCGUAAUAAAGUGCAUAAUGCGGAGGUUGUACACUUAGCUCAAAACCUGUUCAGAUGACACAAUAGUUGAGGUCAAUGCUACUUUGAGGUUUACUUUAGUUUGACCAUUUUAUAAUUUAUUUGAUGUUCUUGCUUCUGUUGAGUCUUAAAAUAUCACUAUCUUUAUGCUUUUACAUCAUCAUGCUGGCAAAAUGCCAAGGAGGCAACUACACCUGUAUUAUGAAGUUAAGUUAGUUGAAUCAAAGGAAUUUUGAUGAUACACUGA